GGGCUUUCCACGAGGCUCACCUGAGCACAAGCAGUUUUGCAGGCAUGAGAAAUCACAGUGAGAGCAACGCUUUUUCACCAUAUGUUAAUGUGAAGAGUGAACAGUAAAUGGUUAAUCUUACUGCAAUCUGGUUCUUAUUAACUGUGGUUUAUCCGGACGUUAAAUUCGGCGUUUCGUUACACCCGAAGGAGAACGUGACAGUGAAAAAGCGGCAUUAUCAGGUGUUUCAAGUGCUGCAAUGUCAGCUCAAUCCAGCAUCAAGUCGACGCCGCCCAGCGACAGGGGCAGUAAACCGACAUCAAGUAAGCCCACCCAGGCGUUAUCAGGUGUUCCAAGUGCUGCAAUGUCAGCUCGAUCCGGGAUCAAGUCGAUGGCGCCUUGCGACAAGGGCAGUAGAACAACAUCAAGUAAGUCCUCACAGGCAAGAGCCAAGGCAGAAGCCGCCAAGAUGCGACUGCAUUACGCCAAACAAGAAGCAGUUUUGAAAAUGAAACAGGCCACCAGAGAAGUCGAAAUCCGGAAAGAAAAGGCCGCCAGAGAAGCCGAAAGGGCCGCCAGACAAAGAGAAGAGGCUGCCAGAGAAGCCGAAAUCCAGAAAGAAAGGGCCGCCAGACAAAGAGAAGAGGCUGCCAGAGAAGCCGAAAUCCAGAAAGAAAGGGCCGCCAGAGAAGCCGAAGAGGCUGCCAGACAAAGAGAAGAGGCUGCCAGAGAAGCCGAAACCCAGUUGGAAAUGACAAAAAUAUCGACAGAGUUGCAUGUGCUGCAGCUAGAAAGAGAAGGAGAAGCUGCCAUGGCGGAAGCAAAGUACAUAGAACAAGCUGAAGGGUCGCGUGAUCUGACCGAAGUAAGAUCUACUUUAGAAAGGACCAGACUGGAACGCACAAGCGACUAUGUACAAUAUCAAAUAGACAGGCAGGCUCGUCUCCCCUCUCCAUACGUAUUCGAUAACUUCCCCAGCUACGAGGAACCUCAGAGAGUCACGAUUGCAUCACAUCCAUACGAGGAAGGAAAUUUACCCUCACGGCUCCGUGAUGAAGUCAAGAAUGAAAGAACCGACAACGCUCCUUCACCCCCACAACAGGACGGCGGGGAGGGAGAGGUUCACUCCAGGACAACAAUUGUCAGCUCGAACUGUACAGAAGUUUGCGGUCAAACUCAGUCAAGCCGUUCUUGUUCCGAGAUCUGCCUCACUGAGGUGUACCCUAAAGAAGCACAACAAGACAUUACCAAGCGUAAAGUAACCGAAGAGACGCUAGGUCAGUCAGUUUUCGUUCAAACCGAGCACGGAAACAAACUUGCACAAUCAGCUCAAGAUACCAUUUCUUUAAAACCCAAAGACACCAAGGUCUUCAGAGAUGAAGCAAAUAAUGGGGUUGCCCCGUUGCCUUUCAGAGAACCACGCCAGCGCUCACCAGAUAACAAAGAGCAGGCAGUCAAACGGUUCACGUCCUUACGGAAAACCCAGAAAAGGAAACCUGAGAUGCAGCAACACACCCGAUUGGCCCACGAGGUACUGUGCACCCUAAUGGCAGAGGUCACAGCCAUUAUAAACGCACAAUCAUUCCUACCUGUGUCUUCUGACCCAGAAAACCCCUUUAUACUUUCGCCAUCAACGCUCCUUAUGCAGAAGGCAGGAGCACCUCCUCCACCAGGAGACUUCUCAGACAAGAAUUUGUACACAAGGGAUGAGAAUGCUUCCACUGAGCCAACACUUCAGUGA